UUAACAAGCACAAGCCAUGGCUGGAGCCUACCUAUCAUGGCAUAGUCACGGAGAACGACAACGCCGUGCUGCUCGACCCGCCCCUGAUUGCACUGGACAAAGACGCGCCCCUGCGGUUUGCAGGUGAGAUUUGUGGAUUUAAAAUUCACGGGCAGAAUGUCCCCUUUGAUGCAGUAGUAGUGGAUAAAUCCACUGGCGAGGGAGUUAUCCGCUCGAAGGAGAAACUGGACUGUGAGCUGCAGAAAGACUACUCAUUUACCAUCCAGGCCUAUGACUGCGGGAAGGGACCCGAUGGCACCAACGUGAAAAAGUCUCAUAAAGCCACUGUCCACAUUCAGGUGAACGAUGUGAACGAGUACGCGCCUGUGUUCAAGGAGAAGUCCUACAAGGCAACAGUGGUCGAGGGGAGGCAGGACGACAGCAUCCUGAGAGUGGAGGCCGUGGACGCAGACUGCUCUCCUCAGUUCAGCCAGAUUUGCAGCUACGAAAUCGUCACCCCCGACAUGCCGUUUACGGUGGACAAGGACGGUUAUAUAAAAAACACAGAGAAAUUAAACUAUGGGAAAGAACAUCAGUAUAAACUGACCGUCACCGCCUACGACUGUGGGAAGAGAAGAGCCGCGGAGGACGUGCUGGUGAAGAUCAGCAUUAAGCCCACCUGCACCCCCGGCUGGCAAGGGUGGAACAACAGGAUUGAGUAUGAGCCUGGCACGGGUGCAUUGUCUGUCUUCCCAAAUAUCCAUCUUGAGACUUGUGAUGAGCCCAUCGCCUCCGUGCAGGCCAUGGUGGAGCUGGAGACCAGUCAUAUUGGGAAAGGCUGCGACCGAGACACCUACUCCGAGAAGUCCCUUCACCGGCUCUGUGGUGCGGCUGCUGGCACCGCCGAGCUGCUCCCUGCUCCCAGCAGCACCCUGAACUGGACUGUCGGCCUCCCCACCGACAACGGUCAUGACAGCGACCAGGUCUUCGAGUUCAAUGGCACUCAGGCAGUGAGGAUCCCAGACGGCAUUGUCUCGGUCAGCUCGAAAGAGCCGUUCACGAUUUCCGUGUGGAUGAGGCACGGGCCUUUCGGCAGGAAGAAAGAGACAAUUCUUUGCAGUUCAGACAAAACGGAGAUGAACCGGCACCAUUAUUCCCUCUACGUCCAUGGGUGCCGGCUCAUUUUCCUCCUCCGUCAGGACCCUUCUGAGGAGAAGAAGUACAAGCCUGCAGAAUUCCACUGGAAGCUGAAUCAGGUCUGUGACGAAGAAUGGCACCACUACGUCCUCAACGUGGAGUUCCCGAGUGUGACACUCUACGUGGACGGCGCUGCCCAGGAGCCCUUCUCCGUGACCGAGGACUACCCUCUCCACCCGGCCCAGAUAGAGACCCAGCUUGUGGUUGGGGCUUGCUGGCAAGAGUUUUCAGGAGUUGAAAAUGACAAUGAAACUGAGCCUGUGACUAUGGCCUCUGCAGGUGGUGACCUGCGCAUGACCCAGUUUUUUCGAGGUAAUCUGGCUGGCCUAACGCUCCGUUCUGGAAAACUCGCAGAUAAGAAGGUGAUUGACUGUCUAUAUACCUGCAAAGAGGGGCUAGACCUGCAAGUGCCCGAAGACAGUGGCAGAGGCGUGCAGAUCCAGGCAAGCCCCAGUCAGUCGGUGCUGACCUUGGAGGGGGACGAUCUCGGGGAGCUGGAUAAGGCCAUGCAACACGUCUCCUACCUGAACUCCCGGCAGUUCCCCACGCCUGGGAUCCGAAGACUCAAAAUCACCAGCUCGGUCAAGUGCUUUAAUGAGGCCACCUGCAUCUCGGUCCCCCCAGUAGAUGGCUACGUGAUGGUUUUACAGCCCGAGGAGCCCAAGAUCAGCCUGAGCGGCAUCCACCAUUUUGCUCGAGCGGCUUCUGAAUUUGAAAGCUCAGAAGGGGUUUCCCUCUUCCCUGAGCUUCGAAUCAUCAGCACCAUCACGAGAGAAGUGGAGCCCGAAGGGGAUGGGGCCGAGGACCCCACAGUUCAAGAGUCACUGGUGUCCGAGGAGAUUGUGCAUGACCUGGACACCUGUGAGGUCACUGUGGAGGGGGAGGAGCUGAACCCCGAGCAGGAGAGCCUGGAGGUGGACAUGGCCCGCCUGCAGCAGAAGGGCAUCGAAGUGAGCAGCUCCGAGCUGGGUGUGACCUUCACAGGCGUGGACACCAUGGUCAGCUAUGAGGAGGUGCUGCAUCUCCUGCGCUACCGGAACUGGCAUACCAGAUCCUUGCUUGACCGGAAGUUCAAGCUCAUCUGCUCAGAGCUGAAUGGCCGCUACACCAGCAACGAAUUUAAGGUGGAGGUGAAUGUCAUCCACACGGCCAACCCCGUGGAACACGCCAACCACAUGGCUGCCCAGCCGCAGUUUGUUCACCCAGAACAUCGCUCCUUUGUUGACCUGUCGGGUCACAACCUGGCCAAUCCCCACCCGUUCGCAGUUGUCCCCAGCACUGCAACCGUUGUCAUUGUGGUGUGUGUCAGCUUCCUGGUUUUCAUGAUCAUCUUGGGAGUGUUUCGGAUCCGGGCUGCCCAUCAGCGAACCAUGCGGGACCAGGACACCGGGAAGGAAAAUGAGAUGGACUGGGAUGACUCUGCCUUGACCAUCACCGUCAACCCCAUGGAGACAUAUGAGGACCAGCACAGCAGUGAGGAGGAGGAGGAGGAGGAAGAGGAGGAAGACAGCGAGGACGGAGAGGAGGAUGACGACAUCACCAGCGCGGAGUCGGAGAGCAGCGAGGAGGAGGAGGGGGAGCAGGGUGGCCGCCAGGACGUGGCCCGGCAGCAGCAGCUGGAAUGGGACGACUCCACCCUCAGCUACUGACCUCCCCCACCCCCGUUUCUGCUUCGGAAGGCUCUGCUGUCCUCCGUUCCCCGCCCCAAGGGUCCACGAUGUACAAAGUCAUUUGGCCAGUAGGUCUGCAGACCCCUCCCCAUCGCCGAUGUCGCCGUGCUUGGUGUGUAGGACCAUAGGCCCCCUCUGCCUUCCGCCUGGGUCGCGCUUUUCAGUCCGCAGGGAGCCCGUUCUCCUCUCCGGCCGCCUCGGGCUCUGACCCACAGCGCCAGGGCCCCCUGCACGUGUGUCUGGAGUCCCCUCCCGUGAGAGGACACCGGCCCCUCACACUCCAGAAAAGCCGCGACACUGGACAUGCUGACCAAGGGUCAAAAUUGCUCUCUCCCACCCGGUAAUCAUUUUUUCUUUUUUUAAAAAAAGUUUUUAUUUUUUCCAAACUAGUGCAUGUAUAAAUAAUGGCAGGAUGGGGGUUAAUAUGUAGAUGAUUAACCUACUUUUUAAUAUUUUGUAAAUAAACUGGGAUUCUCUGUGUCCUUCGUGCUAGUGUCAUCCAGGACCAGAAGGUACAGAGGCUCGAACGCUGAGCGCGGGGGGACCCUCGGGCUCUUCCUCCCCUCCCGGCCCCCACUCCCGCCCCGGCCCAGACGCUCCCGCUCUGGCUCGGGUCUGGGUGUGAGGCCAGGAGUCGGGCCGUGGGCUUUGGGGUGCUGCUCAGGAGGCCGGGUCAGGGGCGCCUCUUCGGAGGCUGGAGGUAGCCAGGGUGUGGCUGCCGUGUUCUCCCUGUUCCUAGCUUGGCGCUGGGGUGGGGUGCCUGGCCUCUCGCACGCUCCUCCUCAGACGGUGCUCCCUGUGCCAUAGCCUGGACAUCUGCGUGCAGCCUCGGGGUUCCUGCUUGGCGGGGUGUCUCCCUGCUGGUGAACGUGUGUAUAGACUGUGUACACUGGCAGGUGUCCUGCAAACAUAUGACCACUUGGUUUGGGGACAGCAACAGGCCUGAGCGAUCCACACUUAGAAUGUCCACAGGUGACCCUGUGGCUCGAAGGCAGAGUGCUAGAAUUUUCCCAAACAGCCCGUGCUGUCCUCCCUCCUCACCAGGCCUCCUGUGGGAUGUCCCCCACUGUCUGGAGGGGGUAGAUUCCCCCGCCCCAGCAGACGCCCGCUGCUUGGCUUGGUGGAGGCAGAGAGGACGCCACCGUGGUCUCGAGCCCGCACAGCACUUUGCUUUUCGUUUACUUGUAAAGUUUAGAUUUCUAAAAUGGGGGAAAUCAUUUUGAAUACUGUUCUGUGACCCUGACUGCUAGUUUCAAGGACACUGAAGGCUGUGCUGUGUUGUGUGUGGCCAUCCUCGUCCCGUCCCUGUAGCUGCUCUGCAUAGACAACGGAUAGACGCUGUCGCAGAGGGACCUUCUCACGCCAUCGCCCGCGGUGUCCCCUUCGGAUGUGUAUAUUGAUGAUAGGUCGGAAAGUGUCUACACUACAAUAAAGUUCUGGUUCUAACUUCA